AGAAGACUGACCUCCUGGUGACCACUGCUGGAGAUGUACUCCCCUGCUACAGAGCUUGUGUUUCUUCCCUGAAGCUUUACAGUGCAACAAACUUGCCAAUUACACAGCUCAAAUAUAUCUUCAAGUUCUUCUGGAAUUUUACAAAAGUUUCAAUAAAAAUACCAGAGAAACCUCCAAAUCACAGGAAUCUGAAAUAUACCAUUAUAAUGGUAAGCUCUAAUUGUUCCACUGAGGACUCCUUUAAAUAUACUUUAUAUGGCUGUAUCUUUAGUAUGGUGUUUGUUCUCGGCCUCAUAGCAAACUGUGUUGCUAUCUACAUUUUUACUUGUACAUUAAAAGUGCGAAAUGAAACUACAACGUACAUGCUUAAUUUAGCAAUAUCGGAUCUGCUUUUUGUGUUUACAUUACCCUUCAGGAUUUAUUACUUCGUAACGAGAAACUGGCCAUUUGGAGACAUUCUCUGCAAGAUUUCUGUCACUCUCUUUUAUACAAAUAUGUAUGGGAGCAUUUUAUUUCUGACUUGCAUAAGCGUAGAUCGCUUUUUAGCUAUAGUACACCCCUUUCGAUCCAAGACUCUCCGAACCAAAAGGAAUGCAAAAAUUGUCUGUGCUGCAGUAUGGAUAACAGUGUUAGCAGGCAGCACACCAGCAAGCUUUUUCCAGUCUACAAAUCGCCGGAAUAAUACCGAACAAAGGACUUGUUUUGAAAACUUUUCAGAGGACACAUGGAAAACCUACCUAUCCCGGAUUGUUAUCUUCAUUGAAAUCGUUGGGUUUUUCAUUCCACUCAUCUUGAACGUGACCUGCUCUACUAUGGUCUUACGGACUUUGAAUAAACCCCUUACAUUAAGUCGGAAUAAAUUAAGCAAGAAAAAGGUACUCAAAAUGAUUUUUGUCCAUUUGGUGAUAUUCUGCUUCUGCUUUGUGCCUUAUAACAUUACCUUAAUACUUUACUCCCUUAUGAGAACACAGACCUGGAUUAAUUGUUCUGUGGUAACUGCAGUCAGGACUAUGUACCCCAUCACUCUGUGCAUCGCUGUUUCAAACUGCUGUUUUGACCCUAUAGUCUAUUACUUCACAUCAGAUACAAUCCAGAAUUCGAUAAAAAAGAACCGGUCCACUAGACCCCGGGACAUCAGAUUCUCUGAAAGGCCAGUUUCAGAAAACUUCAUUCAACACAGCCUUCAGACCAUAAAAAUGAAAAUAUUUGACAGUGACUCCACAAUAUAAACUGUAUUAAAAGACUGCUGGGACUAAACUGGAAUUACAAGCCUGCACAUUUCUUCAGCUGUGGAAAUAUAUCCUGAUAUGUAAAUGUUACGCUUCCUUCACAUCAGAAAAAAUUUAUUAUAAGACUGUAAAAGUGUUAAGCAUAAUAGUACAGAGAAAAAGUAUUUUAAGAAUUUAUGUCAGAUGUCUGUUCUGACAGGUUGUAUGUUAGAAACAAACUCGGGUUUAGAUUAGGUUAACCAAAGUCCAAGGACUGUCUGUCAAGUCAAACACAAAUGAAAAAGUAGGGUGGGGGUGGUUCUGAAGUUAAAACAAUUGCUUAUUUUUAAUAAUGAUACUGGUUUCCAAGUUACUGAGGAUAGGGGUGAAAGUAUCUGGUUUGCACUGCAGGAUCCAGCUGCUGAGGAAAACAGCAGUAUAUUAAUUAUAUCACUUCAGCUCCUGCGCCUGCUCUGGAGUUUACUCUUCUCCCUGUAUCUUAUACCUCACUCCUGCCUUUCUCCCUGCACCUUCCUUCUUAGGGACCAUUGUAUUCAUAGGAAGCUUCAAUCAAUGGGCUGUAAGAACUUUGUUUCUCCCGGGUUUAUCUCACAAAAUAUAAGCUCUUUCCACAAGCCUGGCCCCCAUAAAGCAAUUAAGUCUUCUGGUAGUUUAGGGCAUCUGGAAACAACUCAGACAAACUGGUUUUUCUUCUCAUCUCUGUCUCAGAUGUCUGUGUAAUUAUAACAAUACCACAGUUCUUGGUACAGUUACCACUUUAUUAAACUCUUUCGUGAAAAGUUCUUAAACUCGACAUGUCUUUUGAGCAAAACAACAUCCUUCAAACAAGGUAAUUCAAUCUCAAAGUACUAGUUUCUUAGAAAAACAUGACCUUUGCUAACUAGAAAUGAGCAUGUGCAUCAACUGAAGUAUUUCACAAUUGGUGAAACAAUUUGGUUUCCCAGACAGAAAUUCAAGAUACAGUGAUUUUUAGAGUGAAACUUCCUCUCAAUCUUUGUGUCCUAGAAAUAUUUUUAACAUGAGCAUUUAAAAUUUCAAAUGCCAUUUUCCUGUAAACUUUAUAAAGUAUACAAAUUAAUUACUCGGGGUUAUGUGCUGGCAAAGUCAACCAAGACACUUGGAAAAGUCAAAGCCAUGUAAAAGCAGAAAUCUACUUAUAUUACUGUUACAAACAGGAAUAUAUAGACAAAAGUGCUUUAAAAUCUCGUCUGUAAGUUUCCCAGCUAUUAGCACAUUGUGUACAUAUUCCUCAGAACUAAUUUUACAUCACUGUAAAAUUAAAUAAAUAUUUAAAAGCUGAAACUAAGUAGUAAGUGUUGUUUUUUCCUCCCCAAAAACAAUGAAUCAAGAAUGCAAAGUGAGUUAAAAUUGAUCUGCACUUUAGAUUUAGGGUAGUCAGCUGCAACACAGAUAUACCCCUGAGGCAUUUUGACUUCAGAUCAGUAUAUAGAAGCACAAAUUAAUGUUGGAGAAAAUGCACAUUGAGCUGUCAGGGUGCAUAUAUUAUCUGAUUGAGUUUACUUCCCUUUGUGAAGCUUUUGCUUAAUUGUUAUAAAACAACUGUACAUUGCCUAUUACUACUGGAACACUGAGUUACUCAAAGACUGCUAGAAACUAAUGACUGAAUUUCAAAUUUAACAGAAUUUUAAAUCUUAACCCACACAACUUUUGAAAGGAAAAUUCAAAUAGUAUGAACUUAAGCUUCAAAGAUAGCAUAGAUAUAAAUGUCUGAAUAAUAUACAAAAACAGGCAGUUAUCGCAGUUAGGAAUCCUAAACUCUUCUGACUCAUAUCUGACUUCAGAAAAAUGCACAAAACGCCCAGCAUGAGUAGAAAUUCUGUGACUUUCCAUAUGCCACUGACAAAUACAAAGUCACUGGCAAAUUCAAAGUUCAAAAGCCAGAUGUGCAUCUCUAACGCAUCUCUCUAAAGAUACAUCUCUCUAAAGAGUCCGUUUAAUAUUAGACUCUCUCCAAAAACUUUGAGACUAAAGCCCUUAAUGUCACUGCUAGGCUAUUUUUCUUAGGCUACUACUCUCCCUGAGCUUGUCAACUGGUUGAGUGAUAACUUGUUCAGCAACACCUCUGCAUUACAGCAGCGAGCACCCCCAAGCCUCACCCUGGUAAACAGAAGCUACUCCUCAGAUUAUGAAACUUCAGGAAGAAAAAAAUAAUCACAGACUUACAACCUGAAGCAGCAGAUAAAGUCAUAUGCAUGUGUACUCCCACUUAAACCAGACUUUCCUUGGUGUAUUAGCAAAAAAAGUUUGGGGAAGCAUGAAGAGUAGCUCUUUCUGCUUUGCACUCACUCUCCAGGGCAGUAGCUUCUGCUUUUUGCGAUGGCAUAGUGCAACACAGUAUAAUAGCUUUCCAACCAGUUAACAUCUCAAGAUCUCAAAACUGUCUGAGGAAACAUGUAUUUGUUGUUAUUAAAUAUACUUCACUCUUUCCACAGGGAAAAACAAACAAACAAACCACCCAAACAAACAAACAACAAAAAAAAGAACACAGUCAAAAAAGAAACAUCUGUAAUUUAGAGAAUCUAACCAUCACUUGAGAAAUUCCUGAUCUGACUGAUUCAGAAGAGGGGGAGUGAACCUGUACCUCCCACAAGCAGCUGAUAUCAAGCCAAGCUACCAGCUGUUCGGGACUGGAUGAAGUUUUCUCCACCCUUUCUGGUUCUGCAACAAGAUUAUCCUGGAGAGCUGUGGAUGGAGCAAUGUUUUCAUUGAAUGGCUGCACUCCUUCCACCUGUUCCUGCCUUUGAUACCAACUCUGCCACCACUCUGGUAAUAGCUUAUGCCAAAAUUUAAAUCUAGAUGAGGAGUUAUGCUCCCAAAUCAUAUCUAAGCAUCUCAGAAAAGGCUUAUGCUGUCAGAGCUCCUGAGCAUCUGAAUGUGUUGCAUCCAGUACUUCCUGAAAGUACAUUAUUUUUAUUCAUACGUUUAUGCAAGAGGGGUUAGAAUUUCAGUUUUAGGAUCAAAACCUACAAAUUUGUUCUUUGUACUCUGGUUUCUUCAUCGACAGAGCACAGAUACUGCAUACUUACCAUAAAAAUAAAAGCUGUGAAAAUUUA